AAAUGCGACUUUGCCUAAGAUCAGUUGUUCGCGGAGCAAGAGGAUUCAGUCUGACAGUCUUUUUUUUUUUCAGAAAAACUUAACGUUAAAAAAUUCCAUGAAGAAGGAUAAAAAAUUUGAAACUCGCGCUUUGAUUGUGUGAAGUUCGUAAAUUGUGGGCCUAGUGUGGGUCCACGUGAGAUGAUAUCAAACAGAUUAGAGAUGGAUCAGUUAGACUUUUACCCUUCAUCGGAGAGGUCAUGUCUGAUCUCAGCCACAGAACCGCUAUUGUCAGACAUGGACUCGCAAGACAAAGUGAGCGAGCUAAAAGUAAAAUCAGCGAACGGGAAAACACCUGGUUUUGUAUUCACAUUGACGUUCUUUUCAGCCAUUGGAGGGUUCCUGUUUGGGUAUGACACCGGCGUGGUCUCAGGAGCUAUGCUCCUUCUCAAGGAUUACUUCCAUCUAAAUUCUCUUAUGCAAGAACUUAUUGUCUCUGUGACAAUUGCAGCUGCAGCUUUAUUUGCUCUUGCUGGGGGAUUUGCCAAUGACUACCUGGGCAGGAAACUGACAACUGUGAUUGGAAGUGUUGUCUUCACCUUAGGUGCUGUUCUUCUCGGUGCAGCACAAAAUACUGCCAUGUUAAUUGCUGGAAGGUUGAUUGUUGGUGCAGGAAUAGGUAUUGCAUCCAUGACUGUGCCUGUUUACAUAGCAGAGAGUGCGCCGACACAUUUGCGAGGGAGGCUUGUAACACUUAAUAAUCUCUUCAUAACAGGUGGUCAGUGCAUUGCAAGUGUUUUAGAUGGUGCUUUCAGCUACAACAGAGAAUAUGGAUGGAGGUAUAUGCUGGGACUUGCUGGGAUUCCCUCGCUUAUUCAGUUUGUGGGGUUCAUGUUUAUGCCUGAAAGCCCACGUUGGCUUGUGUCAAAAGGGCACUUUGUCAAGGCAGAAGAGGUCCUGGUGUCUAUCAGAGGAACGGACGAUGUGCAGGAGGAGUUUAAUGCCAUAAAAGAGUCUUGUCAGGAAGAAAUAGAACGACAGGCAUCAAGAAAGUCAGAAUGGACCUGGCUGAGAAUGUUGAAAACACCACAUGUGAGGAGAGCUCUGUUGGUUGGGUGUGGACUUCAGAUGUUCCAACAGCUGGGUGGAAUCAACACUGUCAUGUAUUAUAGUGCAACUAUAAUCAAAAUGGCAGGUAUCAAGAACGAAUCAACAGCAAUUUGGCUCUCUGCGCUAACGGCAUCAUGUAACUUUAUCUUCACCCUAGUGGGAGUGUGGCUUGUGGAAAGAAUUGGUCGACGACAUCUCGUAUUGGGCAGCCUGAUUGGUGUGCUCUUCAGCCUGGGCCUGCUGGCUGUGGGGUUCCAGUUGGCCGCAUUUCACUCCCCACCUGUCACUCUGGAGGAGCCUCAAAUGAUUGGAGGUCAAGACUGGGAAGGUCAUUGUCUCACAAAAAGUUCCUGUGAGAGCUGUAUAGAGGAUGUGACGUGUGGAUUUUGCUAUGUUGACCUAGGCGAAGGAGUUGUGAAUGGGACAGGGUCAUGUCUAGUGACAAGCAGUGAGGACAGCACCAAAUCUCUGGAAGGGCGCUGUAACCAGACAGGUUUGGAGGACACCCUGGUGUGGGCUUACGACUACUGCCCCACUGCCUACUCCUGGAUGGCUAUCCUUGGCCUAGUUGUCUACCUCAUGUUCUUUGCUCCAGGAAUGGGUCCCAUGCCCUGGACUAUCAACUCGGAGAUUUACCCCACCUGGGCCCGGAGCACAGGGAACUCGAUAUCAACUGCAGUGAACUGGAGCUUCAACUUACUAGUCUCAAUGACCUUCCUCACUCUUACCGAGUCCAUCACUAAAUAUGGUACUUACUGGAUGUAUACUGGAAUUGCAGGACUUGCUGUGGUCUUCCUCGCCUUGUUCCUUCCAGAGACCAAAGGAAAGACUCUGGAAGAAGUGGAGGUGUUGUUUGCUGAGCCAUGGUUCAAAAGUAGAAAAUCUUCUCAUUCAAAUGUCCAAGAAACAAGAUGAACAUAUCAAUUAUUGCAUUCAAAGUAUUUCUCUAUACAGAUGGCGUAAAGCCAUAUUCUUUCAUUGUAUGUACAUGAAUAGAUGUUUGUUGGGAUUACAUGGAUUACAUUCUUGAUUCUUGAUAUUGUACUGAAAUGCUUUACAGUAUGUGUAAAGGCCCAUGAAACCUGUUUCAAUAUUUACUAUCCGAAUAUUUUGGUUCAGGUGGGAGUACAAUUUUCAGUUUAUAUUAUCAUUAUUUCAGCUGUCUUGGUUAAAGAAUUUUGCUUAAAGAGCCCCCCAAAAAACAAUAACGAAGCAAAGGAUUCUGAUGCAGGGGAUAAAAUGGCCUGUGGGCAGUGAUGGGGGAAACUAGGAAUUCAGUUUGGAUAUUUCAUGAAUUGGCUUGAUAGGUGUUUAUAAUUGUAUGCUUUAUAUUCGAAGGAUUAUAUUCUCUGA